GAAAUUGCCGAUGUACGCGAAGAUGAGGAACAAACCACUAAAUUUCAAGAGAUUAUUGACUUACUCAUUGCAGCAGGUUAUUUUAGAGCACGGAUAAAAGGUUUAUCAAAUUUUGAUAAGGUUAUCGGUGGAAUGACUUGGUGUAUCAAAUCAUGCAACUUUGAUGUAGAUGUGGAUUUACUUUUCCAAGAGAAUCUUACCAUCGGUCAAAAAAUUUCCUUAACAGAGAAAAUUGUAGCCAUGCUUCCUAAAAUGAACUGUCCAUACCGAAUAGAGCCACAUCAAAUACAAGGUUUAGAUUGUAUUCAUAUAUUCCCAGUUAUUCAAUGGUUAGUGAAACGUUCUAUGGAAAUGCGGCAAGAAAUGGCAGGUUUUGUGAGAAGUUUUGCAUUGAAUCAAUUUAAUAAGAAGCAUUCGUUUAGCGAGCAUGUCGAAAAUGGAGCGACAACUAACAAAACUGUUAUUAAAAAUUUACAUUUGAUCAAGAAAGCCUAUGAACCACGACGUUUAUUCAAACAAAAAGAAGGUUUUAUCAAAGAUGAAUCAAGCAGAUUUAUUGGAACAGUACUGGAAUAUGAAGCACCCUUUGAUGCUAUUAAAACUACAUCAGUAUUGACAAAAUCUAAAAGCAACAAUUCAAAACACGAAUUGAAUAAUGAUAAAAAUGGAAAAAACACUACUGAACAUAUUACUGCUGCUUUAGCCAUCAUAGAAGAAAAUUCGAUGCGUUUAAGUGUAAAUACGGUUGGAAAUAUAGUUGACAUACAAGUACAAGAAAUUGCCAAAGCGACAGAAAAAUAUGCGGCCAUGUCUAUUUCUAAAGCAAAGAAUAGUGGCACAACUGAUUUGUCACAUGCUUUAAUUGCAUUACACAAACAAAAAGCAACGUUGCAAUCUAGAAUCUGCAAGUUAACAAAGGAGAGAGAUGGCUUAUCGAAUAAACUCAUAGAAAUAAUAGAAAAAAUAAAAGAACAUCGUGCAAAAAGAGAAGCUGUUGAGAAUUCAUUCAAAAAAAUCCAAGAAAUUGGAAUUAAUGAUAAUGAUAGUGUUUUUAAACAAUUAGAAGAACUUCUCUCUGUACAUGAUGGAUUGAAAGAACAAGAACACAAUUUCCGAGAGCAAUGCAAGUCGGACCUAAAUCUUUUUCGCGGUAUGUUACAAGAAGUUGAAGAUGAUGCUCCAGCAGAAGAAGAAGAUUGUGUCAAAGAAUAUAAAGAACAAAAGGAGGCUGUAAUACGAAUGCGAUUACAGCUGGCAAAAAAGAAUAGAAUUAUUGCGUCCUUGAUGAGACAAAUGGAUGAUGUUCCAGGACGUUCUGAACUGACGCAAUAUCAACGACGCUUUAUGGAACUUUAUAAUCAAGUUUCAGCCAAGCACAAAGAAACUAAACAAUAUUAUACAUUAUAUAAUACUCUUGAUGAUACAAAACUAUAUAUAAGUAAGGAAUUAUCAUUGCUAAAUUCUAUUCAGGAUAAUUACAAUGAAGCUAUGGCAUCAUCAAGUGGCAAGGAACAAUUCCUGAAACAAUUUGAGACAAUUGUUGCUGGAGUGAAACGCAACAAAGGAAUGGUAGAAAAACGAUGUACUGAUGAAAAAAAUCGACGAGAUGCGCUCAGUCGACAACUCGUUAUUCUUGUAGAGCAACAACGUAAAUACGUUGCGGCAGUCAGACAGCUCACUAUUGAAUGCCGCAAGAAUGAGGCUUUAUUAGCUCAACUUCGUGGUCCAUAAGUUUCUUUUUACUUCUCAAGUGGAAAUCAGAUUGACAACUAUUUGUAAACUUGCAAUAUAAAAUUAUAUAUAAUUUAAAAAAGGCUAAUUAUUAUAUAUACAAAUAUAAAUAUAUAUAUAAAUAAAAUAGAAAUAUUAUAUAAUA